AAAGCGUCAUCUCCUUCCCCACAAGGGUUCUUUAAGUAAUUUAGCCCAUUGCCCAUUUGUCACAAAACAAACUCCGUAAUAAGAAUCUCUCAUAAAAACGCUAAAGAUUCAAUUGCUUCCGUUUAUUUUCCACCUAUUCUCCAUUUGUCACACACUCUCUCUCCCAUUUUCUCUCUCCUCUUUUCUCUCAUCUCUGAGCUUUAAUGGUGUUUCUGGAAUUAUCUGCCAUAUCGGGAAAUAUUUCAUGGUUGAAUGAAGUAACUCUUAUGGCAUGGAGCUUAUGAAAUAUCUGCACAUGACGAGUAGACCGGUUUCACUGAUGGGGAUUUGUCCUAAACGUAGUCUGAAUUAGGUUGCUGCUCUGCCAGUGUAACUAAUAUUAUGGAUAGAGCAGACACUUCAGGUUUUGUAAGUGGUGGAAGUUUCUUGUUGAAAGCUCUAGUUGUAACUGGUGUACUAUUUGUGGAUUCUAUAGAAGCUUGUGGCUGAAAUCACAUACUGCUAGUCUGUCUGUCUACUGUUUUCUUUUGUUGAUAAUAAAAUAAGCUGAUGAUGAGGAUGAAUGUCGAUGAACAGCAGGGAGCAUAUUUCUCUUGCUCUAAUGACUUUGCUAGAAAUGAAAAACUUGGUGGUGAUACCUCUUUGCGAUUGGACUGCCUUGGCUAUGGAAGGAGCAGUGGUUCCCAAUUCCUUACUUCCCAAAAUGACCCUGGUUCUUUUACUUCCAUGACUCUCGAUGAUGGUUGCAGACUGGUACUAGGAUUAGGCCCUACGCCCAGGGCCUAUUCAGAGGAUAAACAAACAAAAGGAUUAUCUUCUUCAUCAGGAAAUGGUGAUUCGAUCUUGAAACUGGGACUUUCUGGAGAAACUGGAAAUUUGUUUGGCUCUUUGGACUUUUCAACGUCAACCGAGACUGAUUUUAACCCACAUCAUUUCAGAAGCCAAAUAUCUGCUCCUAAUCCUACUCAUGCUCAUGCUAUCUCUGUGGCUGAUGAGGGCUCUACUUCUGCUAAAAAAUCAUCAGGUGGUUAUAUGCCAUCUCUUCUUUUGGCACCGAGAAGUGACUGUAGAUCAGCCCCUGUGCAGAUGUGGGAUAGUUUUACAAAAUCCUCUUCUGAUCAAUCUCAUUUGGGUUCUGAGCCUUCUAAUACAACAAGUUGUACUCUUACAUCUAUGGAAAACAGACCACAUAAUGCAAAGAGAUGCCGUUUUAUGGGAUGUACAAAAGGAGCACGAGGAGCAUCAGGUUUAUGUAUUGGUCAUGGUGGUGGACAAAGAUGCCAGAAACCUGGUUGUAACAAAGGUGCAGAAAGCCGUACUGCUUACUGCAAGGCCCAUGGUGGUGGAAGGAGGUGCCAGCACUUAGGAUGCACUAAAAGUGCUGAGGGAAAAACCGAUAACUGCAUUGCUCAUGGUGGAGGACGCCGAUGUGGGUAUGCUGGAGGUUGCUCUAAAGCAGCACGUGGGAAAUCGGGGCUUUGUAUUCGGCAUGGUGGAGGUAAGAGAUGUAAGGUGGAAGAAUGUACAAGGAGUGCCGAAGGGCGUGCAGGUCUUUGCAUAUCUCAUGGGGGAGGUAGGCGUUGCCAGUAUCAGAAUUGUGCAAAGGGUGCUCAAGGUAGUACCUUGUUUUGUAAAGCACAUGGUGGUGGGAAAAGAUGCGUGUUUGCAGGAUGUACAAAGGGUGCUGAGGGUAGCACACCAUUGUGUAAAGGACAUGGUGGAGGCAAACGAUGUAUGUUUGAUGGUGGUGCGAUCUGCCCAAAGAGUGUUCAUGGUGGUACAAACUUCUGUGUUGCACAUGGUGGUGGAAAGAGGUGUGCUGUUCCUGGUUGUACAAAGAGUGCACGUGGCCGUACUGAUUGCUGUGUGAAGCAUGGUGGUGGGAAACGAUGCAGGGUUGAAAACUGUGAGAAGAGUGCACAAGGGAGCACCGACUUCUGCAAAGCCCAUGGAGGUGGAAAACGGUGCAAUUGGGGUGGGGAUCGAAAAUGUGAGAAAUUUGCUAGGGGUAGAAGUGGGUUAUGUGCAGCACACAGUAGCAUGGUUCAGGAAAGAGAAAACAAACGAGGGUUGAUUGGUCCAGGCCUUUUCCAUGGACUUGUUCCCACCACUAAUUCCAGGAAUUCAUCUUCUGGAAUUAGUGUUAUAUCUGAUUGUGAAGAUUUACCAGCUAAAAGAAGGAAGCAUCUGAUACCUGCAGAGGUUCUAGUGCCACUGUCAAUGAAGUCAACGUCAUCAUAUACAGUACAGAACGAUCAAUGCAAUGGCGAUAGCAGAAGGGGAUUCGAGUUCUUAAUUCCAGAGGGAAGAGUCCAUGGCGGAGGACUGAUGUCAUUGCUCGGAGGGAAUCUAAGUGAUAACGCCGUGCAUGGGAUAUGAUCAAAGUGUAAAUAGUCAGUGUGAUCGAUAUUGUAUUAUUUGCUGCCCAUAUAUCCAUUCAAGGUUUUCCUCUACCCCCUUAAUUAAUUGUAUUCUUCUUAGUUGUAAUUGUGUAUAAAGCUGUAAGUUGUUGUGGUCACUACCUGUACAAAUAGUUCCUGUAAACUGUAUUGUUUAUUUAUUUUGAUAUGUAGCAAUCACGUACUCUGCAUUACAACUGAAUUUACGAGUUGAGUUGUGUA